AUGCUUCCCUUGAUGGAAGUUCUCCUUGCUACCAUGUGAGUCCUGGUCCUGGGAGUCGAUGUGUGGGUUCUCGUAGACUUCCUCCUUACCAUUGAUGCGUCUCCUACCAUCAUGUAUCGCUCGAAGUUUUGGAUUCUGCACCACUGCUGUCAUCUGACAAUGACGUGGGGAAAUAUACUCGAGAAGAUGAAUAUUUGCUCCAUGCCCGGCUUCGUGUGCCUUGUUCAAGACUGCAUUGUGUCGAAGGAGAGCCAUGGUGUGUUCGUGAAGGACCUGCAUUUCGGCACAAUCCCUGUGAGGCUCUUUCAGCCCAAGGCAGCCUCCUCCAAGCCCCGGCGAGGCAUCAUCUUUCUUCAUGGAGGUGGUGCGGUGCUGGGCAGCCUAGACUCUUACCAUAACCUGUGCACCUUCCUGGCCCGAGAGACUGACUCAGUGUUGCUGUCAGUGGGGUACCGAAAGCUUCCUUACUACCAUCAUCCUUAUAUUUUGUAUGAUUGCCUGAAUGCCUCCAUUCACUUCCUGAAGUCUCUGAAUGCCUAUGGGGUGGACCCGUCCAGGGUUGUCCUCUGCGGAGAUAGCAUUGGAGCUGCUGCUGUAGCUAUUGUCACCCAGAACUUGGUGGGCAGAGCAGAUCUUCCCAAGAUCCGGGCUCAGGUCCUGCUUUACCCAGUCCUCCAGGCAUUGUAUUUUCAGUUCCCAUCAAAUCUGCAGAAUGCAAACGUUCCAUUCCUCACUAAAGAUUUCAUGAUGACAUGUGUUUGUAAAUAUAUGAGCAUUGACCCCUCCUGGAAAGAUGCCAUGUUGACAGGCGCCUGUAUGCCCCCAAGUACCUGGAAAAAGUAUGAGAAAUGGCUAAGCCCUGACAACAUCCCUAAAAUGUUCAGGAGCGAAUACCAGCAACCCCAGUCACCUGCUCCUUUCAAUGAGGCCGCCUAUCUAGAAACCAAACACACUAUGAGUGUAGAUGCCUCUCCCCUCCUAGCAGAGGACAAGGUCAUUGCUCAGGUUCCUGAGGCAUUCCUGGUGACCCUUCAGUGGGACAUCCUCCGUGAUGAUGCCUUGCUCUACAAGAAGCGCUUGGAAGACCAGGGGGUCCCUGUCACCUGGUACCAUGUAGCAGAUGGCUUUCAUGGGUGCAUCAUUUUAUUUGAUAAGAAGUUUUUCUCUUUCCCCUGUGCCUUGAACAUUGUAAAUGCUGUAGUCAGUUAUAUAAAAGGCUUAUGA